AUUUGAACUUAUCAAAAGUUUGAGGCGGUUAUCCUUUACCAAAAUAAACUCUCGUCGAGGCCCUCUCCCUGUCUCAAUUUAAUCUUUUUGAUUUGUAUGGAAUUCAAAUUUCGAGCUUUAGAUGGCGGAUCUUCUGUGCAGUUCCGUUCGUCGUCGACCACCGAAUGCUUACCUGAACAACCAUUUCGAGCAAACUAUCCAAACAUGGAUCCAAGACGAAACCUCGAGCUAAUGCGAAUGCGUGAGAUCGAGAAGGAGCAUAUCAGAAAUGAGAUCAUCGCAGAGGAAAUCGCUCGGCGGGCUCUCAAAGCCGAGGUCUGGAGAGAGCUGAUGAUGGAGAGAGAAAUGGCAACGGGAAUAGGUGUCAUCGGAGGAGGCUUGACUUUUGGGGAAAGGCUGACAAUGCACCAUGCACCCAGACCUAGGUUCACUUUGAUGAAUCAAUUUGACAAUCGAUGGCUUGAAGAGCAUUCAGCAUUUCAUGGUCGUGGCGUGUUUGAUCCGCGGGUGCAGUCGCCGAGGGUAUCAGGAGCUUUGGUGGCGCCUGAUGUUAAGCCUGCAUCAGAAGAUAAUAAGGAUAAACUAACAGUGCUGGCUAAGUCUGAUCCAAAUCGUUGUGGAGUAAAGCGGAAGGCUCCAACGCCACCUGAAGGAGGCGCAGCUGGGCUCCCUUAUGUUGGUUUAAAUAAGAAGCCCAAGGAAGAAUGGAGCUGUGCCCUAUGUCAGGUAAGUGCUAUAAGUGAAAGAGGUUUGAACGAACAUCUUCGAGGCAAGAAGCACAAGGCUAGGCAAGCAAGACUGAGAGCAAGUAAGAUGGCAAAAAGCCCCAGAUCUGUAUGUUUGUCAGGGAAUUCAUCAAGGUCUGCUAAGCUUGCUACUCGUAAUACAAGCUCAGACAAGAAAGCAGACAAGAAUACUAACGACACAGACAAGAAAACGGGGAAUAAACUAGAUUCAGGGAACCACAAUGGAAAGUUGCGAUUACAGAAAAAUGUGCGGAAGAAAACCAUGAAUAAAGAUAGGGCAGCAAAGUUGAAGAGAAAGGGGAGUAAAGCAGAACUUUCAAAGCCAAAAAAAUUCAAGUUCUGGUGUGAAACGUGUCAGGUUGGUGCUUACUCUGCAGUGGUGAUAGAAGCUCAUAAAAAAGGGAAGAAGCACCUAUUUCGGCUAUUAGAACUUGACCAAACCGGUGAAGCUGUAUCAACCAUCAUGACUAUAGCAUCAUCUAAGGCCGGUGAGAAGGCAAAAGAUACAGAAGUCACAACUGGAAAAACAAAUAUGAAAAUCAUGGAAGAUGCCAAUGUCAAUGAGAAAAUAACAGAAACAGUUGCAGACAAUCAGAAGAUGAAAGGAAGCUUGAUUGCAGAUUGGGAUGGAUUAGGGCAGUCUUCAAUGUUAAUAAUCAAAACUGAAUAAACUUCACAAAGUAUCCUCUAAGAGUGUAGACAUUGACCUGGAAGUUGUAGAUUAUCUUUUUCAAUUGCUUGUAUAUAGGGCGAGUUUUAUCUUUAACUCUUGUAUUUUGUUUUGAGUAGUGGAAUUUGAUGAAAUGCGUCCAGCAAAAGUUGACGUUUGUUCCUGGAAAA